CUCUACAAUCAGGAGGGUUCCUGCUGCACUCUGCUUCUGGAUCCCCGAGUGCAUUCCGCCAGGAACCCCGGCGACACCUAGCGACCUCCGGACUAAGGCCAGGGACGCAUUGGAACCAGGAGAACGAUCAUGCUUUUGGCCCAGAGGAGACUCAUCUCCCUUGGCUGCAGAUCAAAGCCCAUAAAGACAAUUUACUCUUCUUCGAAAGUCCUCGGACUCUGCACUUCUGCCGUAGAAAAUGGCUUUGAAAUUCAAAAACGCCAAACGAAUCGAAGGCCUGGACAGCAAUGUGUGGGUUGAAUUUACUAAGUUGGCUGCGGAUCCUUCUGUGGUGAACCUUGGACAAGGCUUUCCAGAUAUAUCCCCUCCUUCAUACGUAAAAGAAGAGUUAUCAAAGGCUGCAUUUAUUGAUAACAUGAAUCAAUACACAAGAGGCUUUGGUCAUCCAGCACUUGUGAAAGCUCUGUCCUGCUUAUAUGGAAAGAUUUAUCAACGUCAAAUUGAUCCAAACGAAGAAAUCCUUGUGGCCGUGGGGGCAUAUGGAUCUCUCUUUAACUCCAUCCAAGGAUUGGUGGACCCAGGAGAUGAAGUGAUAAUUAUGGUGCCUUUUUACGACUGUUAUGAGCCCAUGGUGAGAAUGGCCGGAGCAGUGCCUGUGUUUAUUCCCCUGAGAUCUAAACCUACUGACGGGAUGAAGUGGACUAGCUCUGACUGGACAUUCGAUCCUCGAGAACUGGAAAGUAAAUUCAGUUCCAAAACGAAAGCCAUAAUAUUAAAUACUCCACACAACCCCCUCGGCAAGGUGUAUACCAGACAGGAGCUGCAAGUCAUUGCUGACCUUUGCGUCAAGCACGACACUCUGUGCAUCAGCGAUGAGGUUUAUGAAUGGCUUGUCUAUACUGGACAUACGCACGUAAAAAUAGCCACUCUUCCAGGUAUGUGGGAGAGAACAAUAACAAUAGGAAGUGCUGGCAAGACAUUCAGUGUGACUGGCUGGAAGCUCGGCUGGAGCAUUGGCCCUGCUCACCUGAUAAAGCAUUUACAGACCGUUCAACAGAACAGUUUUUACACGUGUGCGACUCCUUUACAGGCAGCCUUGGCCGAGGCGUUUUGGAUCGAUAUCAAGCGCAUGGAUGACCCUGAGUGUUACUUUAAUUCUCUGCCAAAGGAAUUAGAAGUAAAGAGAGAUCGGAUGGUCCGUUUACUUAACAGCGUUGGCCUGAAACCCAUUGUUCCUGACGGGGGUUACUUCAUCAUUGCUGAUGUGUCUUCAUUAGGUGCUGACCUCUCGGACAUGAACAGCGAUGAGCCUUAUGACUAUAAGUUUGUGAAGUGGAUGACGAAACAUAAGAAACUGACAGCCAUUCCUGUUUCUGCCUUCUGCGACUCCAAGUCUAAACCACACUUUGAGAAGCUGGUGCGGUUUUGCUUUAUUAAAAAAGACAGCACACUGGAUGCUGCCGAAGAAAUCUUCAGGGCCUGGAACAGCCAGAAGUCUUGACUGGUUCCAUCUUCCUGCAAGGACUUGCUGCUCAGUGCUGCCACCUCGUGGGCACUAUAAAGAAACACGGUUCAGGACAAACAUUUAAAUAAGUACUUCCAUUGUCUACAAAGUUAACCCCGUUCCUAACCAUGUUCGGUACAUUCAGGUUUUAUUCGUUUGGAAUACAUUAAGGUGCCUUCCACUGUCGUGGUGGGAGAGUCAACUUCUCCGUGUUGUACUUUCUCAUGAGUGGAAACGGAAAUCGCCGUUACUGCACCAAGUGCAGCAUGGCCUGCAAACCCAGCACUUGGGAGGGGGAGGCAGGAGUUCAAGGUCAUCCACAGUGACAUAGUAAGCUGGGGGUCAUGCGGGGUUACGUGAGACUCUCAAUAAAUGAAAGAAACAAAACCAACACAUACCUCAUCUGCAGCUCGUCUGUGAGGACUGCAGGCUCAUUCAGUGUAAAGUCUGGCAACCUACAAGCCCUCACAGGAGGUUGGCCAGGUUCACCUCUCGGUCCUGCUGGGCGCCAGCCAUGAGGGUGCCUAUAGCUCCCUCCCUAGGACACUAGACUUUGCCCCUGGCUUUGUUUUUUUUCUCUUCCAAGGGCUGCUGUGACUUGGGUGGCCUCACGGUCCACGUGGGCAGCCUGUGUUUUCCACCCCCUGACCUUGUUACCUCUGCCAAUGUUCACCCCUGCUCCACCUGAACCACCCACUCCCUUGGCCACACCUUGAAACUAUCAUCAGUCGGGGCCGUUUCACCUUUGAGAUAGUAAACACAUCCUCUCUAUAUA